CCACCAAAGUAACUAAGUAAGCCCUCUAAUUUGCCACCUUAACCCUUUCCUCUUCCGUCUAAACACCCAAAGUCCCAAUUCGCCCAAACGAAUGAAACGAUUAAAACGAAGACAAAGCAGGCGAGCAGCGGAGCAGCCGAGCACAGAGCACUCCGAGCAGUCGAGACUCGAGCAGGCCAUUCAGAUUUCGGAGUUUCGGACAUUCGCCAGCCGCCAGUUCGAUUUCUUUUAGAGGGUGGACUGGCUUUUCGAGGUCACGAUGAAUCAGAUACUUCAGUGCAUUCAGGUAAUUUCCUGGAACUCUUGAAAUGGGAGUGUAGAUAACAUCCACAUAUAGAUAUGGUAAUGAGCUCAAACGCUCUUGGGAAUAGUCAACUUACCUCUCCUAAAAUUACAAAGGAGCUUCGUCGAGCCAUUUCAGAGUAUGGCGCCUCGAAGACAAUUGCCAUCUCCAAAUAUUUCUCCUUCAUUUGACGCUCCAGUUGCUAAUCAAAAUUAAGGUAAUGAUGACUAUGUUGAUUGAUGAUUGCAUGCGCCCGAGAGCGAUUAAGAGAUGCCUUCGUAAAACUUAGACAAGAAACAACAUUUUAGUUAUGUCGAAUAUUUGUUUUACUUUGUUUUAUUUCGGGAUUGCAUGUGCAUUCGGUUAAGAGAUGACCGGAUGUGGCGGUAACACCCGUUUCCCUGUUGAUGUUAUUUCUGCUUCCAAACUUUUUACUUUAGUUUGAACGAAUAAAGUAAGUUUAUUAUCAAUAAAUCAGUAUUUCAAUUGAGUUAUCAUUGAGUUAUGAAAUGCAUGAGAUUCGUGCCUAUGUGAAGUAUGUGGAUAUGUUAUCCUCUGUAUGUGUUUAUCUGUCAUAAGACUUUGAGUUAGUAGCGAACUUGCUUAACAUAGAAGCCUUAUGAAUGCCUUAGUACUUAGUACUCGUUUUCUUUAUUAAGAAUCAUGCCACCAAGAAGAAACCCCCACACAACCCCAACCGUUGGAGAGCUUGCCCAAACUGUCCAACAGAUGGCACAACUUAUCAGAGCGACUCAACCCUCGAAUCGUAGGAUUGACUACGCAACAAGAGUAGUUGGGCGGAACCCUCUAAAAUAUCGGGGCGAGGAGGACCAUCUUAUUUUGGAGGACUGGAUUCACACCUUCGUCAAACUCUUUGACUCACUCAAUUGCCCGUUGGAGCAAUGAGUGAACAUUGCGGUGUAUUACCUGCACCAAGAAGCGGACCACUGGUGGGCCGACACCGGACUAGCACUUCUCGAGCAACCGGGCUUUGAGUGAGAGGACUUCAUAGUAGCGCUGCGUGAUCAGUUCUAUCUGAAUCACGUAAAAGAGGCAAAUUAUGACGAAUUUGUCAAUUUCAAGCAAGGUGACCUGGUUGUUCAGGAAUAUCACACGAAGUUCGUCCAAUUGGCUCGUUUUUCCAAAGACCUGGUGUCAACCGAGGCCAGCAUGACCCGCAGAUUUGUUAACGGGCUUAAUUACAGGGCCCAAAAGUUCGUGACUGUAGCGGAGCCACGGAACCUGAACGAGGCAUAUUGGAUGGCUGGUAAGUACUAUCUGGUACACCAGAAAGAAAGGGAGGCACAAAAGAGAGAUCGGAAGAAUGCUGAAGUAGAGCAGCAACAAAAGAAGGCUAGAACUGACCGCCCUGAACAACGGCAAGAUAAUCAAUGCGGGAGAACCUUUCAAGGCCAGGAUAAUCAGGUGAAUGGCUACAACUGUAACCCCAUGGGGCAUAGGGCAUAUGAAUGUCGGAAACCCCGGAGUCAGGGCCAAACCAGGGGAACAACCAAACCAGGAUGGGAAUAAUCUCGUUAACAUCAACCGUGGUACUCUCGGUAACCGCCCGGCGUCGAAUCUACGUCAUGAACCAAGCUCUAGCGAAUGCCAACGAUGUUGUGUCAGGUACAUUCCUUCUAAACUCCAUACCUGCUCAUGUACUGUUUGAUUCGGGUGCGUCACACAGUUUUAUAUCCUCAAAACUUGUGUAAAAGUUAAAGUUAGAACCUACCGCUAAACUCAAUCUUAAUGUAAAAAUGACAUUCAAUAAAGUAAUAACAUGUGGGAGUGUUUUCUCAAAUGUUUCCAUAGUCAUACCCGAUACCGAACUACACGGAGAUCUAUUCCAGUUUGACUUGGAGGAUGUUGACGUGGUGUUGGGCAUGGACUUGCUUAGGAAAUAUAAGGCAAAAAUCUUGUGUGAUGAACAAAAAGUGGUCUUGAGAGGACCCAACAAGAAGCGUGUAUCCUACAAGGCGGUCACAUCUAAGCCAGGCGUGAAGCUGGCAACCAUGCAACAAGUCAAACGAUACGUUCGGAAAG